CUCUGUCUCUCUCUCUCUCUCUUCCGAGUUUCCCUCCAAAUCUCUUUUCUCUCUCUAAUCUCAGAUGGUUUCGUCUAGAUCGAGAUUCGCCAUGAUCAAGAUUCUAUUGUUGUGAUUCUUGUUCGGAUCGUCGUCUCGGCUGCAAUUUCGAUCUCUCCUGAUCGAUGUUUCAGCGUCUCUCUCGUGAGUCCGGUGUCUUAGGGUUUGUGGAUUUGGAGGUUCCUGGGGAAUAGAAACGUGAAUUUUGGAUUUUCUUUCGCGAUGGAGCGUUCUUCAGGAAAGACCCAAUUCCAAUUUCAAUUUCGAGGAUGAAAUUUCAGAAGAUGAAAACCCCAUUUGAGUGGGUUAUAGAUGUUUCGAUGAAGAAACUGAUUAGUCGUUUUAGAAGGCAAAGGGUCAAAUGGAGAAACGCGUUCCUCUUCGGAUCCGUAAUGACCACCAUUGUUGUUCUGCGCCAAACACCGACUUCUCCCAUUUUGCCUGACGAAGAGAGGGUCACCUUAUCCAGAUACUUGAAUGGCUCUUUGCUCAUAACAGGUGAGGUAGCCAAUGAAACUAAGGCCGACCCUUUUCAUGGCGUAGCUCCAUUGAAUGCCUCUUCGUCUGGAUUUGGCCGAGAAAAAGCUCUAGAUGAAGAAGGUGGUGCUCUAUCUCAGAGGAGAAGGCAAAGAAGAAAGAGGAGGAAGAUAAAAGACGAUCUCAUUCUCCCCGAUCCUCCGCCUCUCCUUCCACGUAUACUCACUGCCACAGAGAGACAAAUUCUGUCAUUGCCACCAGAGAAGGCGCUUGCGUGUGCCAGAAGGCAGAUUCAGCAUGCCCCGGCCAUCGCAAACGACACUGAUCUGUAUGCGCCAGUUUUCCGGAAUCUAUCUGUUUUCAAAAGGAGCUAUGAGCUUAUGGAGUUGAUACUUAAGGUGUAUAUCUACCCGGACGGUGAGAGACCUGUUUUCCACGAACCGCAUUUGUCGGGAAUAUACGCGUCGGAAGGAUGGUUCAUGAAACUAAUGGAGGCGAACACGAGAUUCGCCACGAGGAACCCCGAGAAAGCUCACUUGUUUUACAUGCCCUACAGUGUGAAGCAGCUUCAGCAGGCAAUGUACAUUCCCGGUUCGCACAAUAUCAAGCCCAUGUCUAUCUUUAUCCGAGACUACGUCGAUAUGAUCACCUCAAAAUACCCCUUCUGGAACCGCACACACGGAUCAGAUCAUUUCAUCGUCGCCUGCCAUGAUUGGGGGCCUUACACGGUGACUGAGCACCCAGAGCUAACCCGAAACGCCAUAAAAGUGCUAUGCAACGCAGAUUUAUCCGACGGAAUUUUCGCCCUUGGGAAAGACGUAUCCCUUCCCGAGACGUCGAUAAGAAACCCGAGAAGGCCUCUCCGGUUCAUAGGCAAUGGCAACAGAGUCUCCCAGCGACCGAUCCUCGCCUUCUUUGCCGGAAACCUCCAUGGCCGGGUCCGUCCCCACCUCCUCCGGCACUGGAGAAACAGAGACGAAGACAUGAAGAUCUACGGCCCACUCCCGCGGAACGUUGCUCGGAAAAUGACGUACGUGCAGCACAUGAAAGCGAGCAAGUACUGCCUGUGUCCGAUGGGGUACGAGGUGAACAGUCCGAGGAUCGUGGAGGCGAUAUACUACGAGUGUGUGCCAGUGGUGAUAGCGGACAACUUUGUGCUGCCGUUCAGCGAGGUCCUCGACUGGUCGGAGUUUUCGGUGGUGGUGCCGGAAAAGGACAUUCCGAGGCUGAAGGAGAUUCUGCUGAAGAUUCCAUUGAGGAGGUACCUGAGAAUGCAUGCCAACGUGAAGAUGGUUCAGAGGCAUUUUCUAUGGAGCCCCAACCCUCGAAGAUUCGAUGUGUUCCAUAUGAUUCUUCACUCCAUUUGGUUCAACCGUCUUAACCACCUCCGAGUUCCUGAUUCCUAAUAUACACUUCACGCUCUUGUUUUUCGCUGUACAUAUAUAUAUGUAUAUGUAUGUAUAUAUUUGCAUAUCUGUAUUCCCAGGUACACAUACAUGUGAAUCGAUAUAUAUUAUUAAAAUAUUUUCCCACCA